UAAAUAAAGGGGUUCGGUGGAAACAAAACACAACAGGCCUAAGCAAGAAUGGCGGCAAGGCUGAGGUAUGCAAAGUCCGACAACCGUCCGUGAAAUCACAAAUCACGGACAACGCUGACGUUGGUCGAAAUAAUCACCCCUCCCUGCAUUUUGUCGAGAGAUUUCCUCCCUACAUGGAAAUGAACGAAGAUUGCCGAUUCGGGACCACAGAGAAGACGGAUAGGACGAACGGACAGCAGAGGAUCAGUCACUUAAUGCGACUAGAUGAAGACGACUGCUUGCUGUUCUGCGCACUUGAAUCACUUCUGGCACCCACCUGUAUUCUCCUUCCCUGACCUCACCCACUGCAACAACACCCCCCCCCAGUAACACAGCUGCUGCACUGCCAUGGCCUAGCGAACCCAAGCCCAUGGAGAGAUUUGAAUUAGAUGUGCACUGUAGUGAAUCUGAAGAAGAGGACAAUGAACAGUGGAUCAGGGAAGCUCAAGUUAAAUUUUUCACGUAUGAAUUAUCUGUUCGAGGUCGACUACGAAGAAUUUUAAUUCGCAAUUCUUCAACACGUUUAGCUGCGACAUUCUUUGACCUUGUCAUCAAGUGUGUGAUUUGCAUCACCUACAUCGUCCGAGUGGUUCUUGAUAAUCCGAAACAAUAUGCCUGCUAUGGAAAGCCGUGUGGGAACGCGACUGCGAACCACUCGAAAGACGAUGAUGGCAUGGUGUUCUCAUCCACCAAGAUUAACUGGUAUGUUUUGUUGUUCGUGAACCGUCCGUUAGCUCUGUGGAUUAUCCAGAUCGUGCUUUCUGCUGUUACCCUGUCUAAGGCAUUCUUACUAGUCUAUGUCACUACAAAGGGUCAUCGGUUGGAUCUAGUGCUGUCGGCUUCGUUCUUUCUCGAAGGCAUCUGUUCCGUGCCCAUUCUUCUGACUGUCGUAUACCCAUUAGUUUUGAAGGAUUUAUUUGUCCCAGUAUUCCUCAACUGUUGGCUGGCCAAACUGGCUCUGGAACGAAUAUUUAAUGACCUUCAUCUUACGCGGCAGAGAUUUCAGACGAUAUCCGUGACACUUUCACAGCAGAUUUUUCUUCUUGCCGUCAGCAUGGUCUGUAUGGUGUUCACAACGAUCUGUGGGAUCCAGCACAUUCAGCGGGGAAGUGACGAGAGUCCGCUGUCCAUGUUUGAGUCGAUGUACUUCGUGAUCGUCACCUUCGCCACCGUUGGUUACGGGGACAUAGCACCCGACAUCUGGCUGGGCCAGCUCUUUAUGAUCUUCGUGAUGUGUGUCGCGUUAGCUUUCAUACCCAGGCAGCUGGAGGUGAUUGCAUCAACGUGGAUGGAGCGCGAGAAGGCGGGGGGAGAGUACACGGACCGCAUGGCCAAACGCAACAGACACGUCGUCGUCUGCUCCAGCAUCCUCACCGUGGAGGCCGUCAUGGACUUCCUCACCGAGUUCUAUGCUCACCCCAAGUUGGCGGAGCACAUUGUGAUUCUGGUGUGUCCCAGAGAGCUGGAGACCAACAUGCAGGUGAUCCUCAAGGACCCAAAGUGGUCGCAGCGGGUCGUCUACAUGCGUGGGUCGACGCUCAAAGACAUUGACCUCAAGAGAUGUCGCAUCAAUAAAGCGGAAGCCUGCUUCUUCCUCUGUCCAAGAAGUUCCCUCGAUAAGAUGAAGGCUGAUCAUCACACCAUCCUGCGAUCGUGGGCAGUGAAGGAUUUUGCUCCUCACUGCAAACAGUAUGUGCAGCUGUUCAUGGCUAAAAACAAGAUGCAUGUCAAGUUUGCAGAGCACGUGGUGUGCGAGGACGAGUUCAUGUAUGCACUGCUGGCCAACAACUGUCUGUAUCCCGGACUGUCCACGCUGGUCACACUUCUCAUACACACAUCCUGUGGAAUAGAAGGCCAGAUGGCGUCAGACAGCUGGCAGCAGAUUUACGGCCGCCACUCGGGGAACGAGAUCUACCACAUCCAGGUGUGUAAGAGCAUCUUCUUCAACCAGUUCGAGGGCAAGAAGUUCACCGAGGCAUCCGCCGGGGCUCACCACAGGUUUGGUGUGGCUCUUCUCGGGGUGCUGGACGGAACAGAUGCUGACGGCAAGCUACUACUGAACCCCGGCUCUGACUACAUGCUGAAGGGAACUGACUUCUGCUUCUACAUGAGCGUCACCAAGGAGGAAUACCUGGAAAUCAGCCCUACGGCCAUCAACCUCAGCUUACCACAGACCAAAAAGAUGGAACAGAAUCUCGAACAAAUUGCACUAGCUUUACAAAAGUACACAAAUACGGAAAAUGAAGAUGAUGAAGACAUAAACGAGAGUGUAUUCAACACCAUCACUAGCAUGAUGGGAAAGGAGGUGACACGCGUGGUGCACCAGUUGGACAAUAACUACACAACGGAAAAUAGCGACAACUUGUGCAGUGGCCUGAAGCCUGACGUCGUUCAAGCAUCGAGCUCGAAAGACAUGGUGAAUAAUAUUGACCACCGCAAAGGGAGUGGAAAGGUUCUUGAGUUCUACACUGAUAUGGGACAGGAAUCAUUUACAGUCGGCCCUCCUACAAUAAUGAUGUACGUCGGGUGUCAGAGAAGUAUUUGUCACAUCAUGAAAACUCCAAGACCUUUCUGCUGCCUUGAAUGGGGAGUGGACUGUGAGCACUGUAACUAUAAGAACGCCAACAACCGGCGCUGGAACAACCAGCUGAUCAUCCUGGCCACGCACCAGGCCAUCAGUGGAAUCUACAACUUCCUGGCUCCUCUUCGCUCAAACUUCAUCAACGUCAACUCACUUCAACCCAUCGUACUCCUUCUCGAAGACACUCCUGAAAGGAUUUUUCUGGAGACUAUUUCUCAGUUUCCUAUGGUGUACUGGGUGAAGGGACGCAUCACAAGUGUUGAUAACCUUCUCCGUGCUGGCAUUAACAAGGCCAGUCACUUGUUGAUAAUGAACAGAGAGUCUUACAUCGACGAACAUGAAGGAACGCUGGCUGACGCAGAGACCAUUGUGGCUGUCCAGACCAUAUUCAACCUGUUUCCUAAUGCCAACGUGAUCACUGAACUCAACCAGGCCACCAACAUGAGGUUCAUGCAGUUCCAGGGAUUUGACGUGUAUUCUCAGAGUAUAUCUCGAUUUGAAAGGAAGCUCAAAGACAACAUGGCGUCGAACAUGAGCUACAUUUUCCGUCUUCCAUUUGCUGCGGGCCAGGUGUUCAGUGCAAGCAUGUUGGACACACUGCUCUACCAGACUUUCGUGAAAGGCUAUUUAAUCACAUUUGUUCGCCUGUUGUUGGGAAUUGACUCAGAGGAAAAUUCAGGCCAUCUUUCAAGUAUCAGAGUUCGAAAAGACACGUGUUCAAAGUUUCCAACUUACGGUGACUUGUACCAUGGUCUCUGUACAGCUACAGGGGAAAUCCCCAUUGCUAUUUAUAGAACAGAGAAACAGAAACUAAGUCACAUGGAGAGUAUUAAUGCUGUGCGGGCUGCGGCGAGAGAAAGACCUCCGCCUCUUGAUAGUCCGUCGAGUAACCCGUGUAUUCACAGCUUCAAACCUGAGGAUGUGUCCAACGUGAUACGCAGUCGGCUCCGCAGUCUCGAUCUGGCUGACAACAGCGACAAUGACGGGGACGAUUACAGCGAGCAUUUAACCAAACAGCGGUCAGAUUAUAUUUCUUAUGUGAUCACAAACCCAUCACCAAAGCGAAAAAUAAAAGUGGGAGAUAUCAUCUACGUGAUUCAGCCGAGCUCUAUGAAAGCCAUCCCAAUGAAGAAACUUCUCCGUCCCCGUUCUGUGAGCUGUCAGUUGUCGGACACGUCAAUGAAGGGUUCCGAACGCAGGGCGACCACGAUCCCCAGCAUCAACGAAUGGACGCCGAUGGCCACCUUGUCCAGUCUUUCGGCCAACGACCUGAACACGUCGUCCAUCAGUGAAGAAGUCACGGACUCCCAUCAGAAGGAGAAGAAGAAGAAGGAACUGACCAAUGCCAAUACGUCUCAGUCAGAUGCCCACCCAUCCCCAUCCCAGUCCCCAUCCCCGUCCCGGUCUCCAUCCCCAUCCCCAUCCCCAUCCCGGUCUCCAUCCCCAUCCCGGUCCCCAUCCCGGUCCCCAUCCCCAUCCCCAUCCCCAUCCCCAUCCCCAUCCACAUUGAUUGUGAGGUCACUGAAAGGAAAAAAAAGUUUUGAAGUGAAGCCGGUGGUACUGCCGUGAUAAAGUCAAUGAACCGUAGCCAGGGAAUAUAGACGUCUAUCUGUGCAGGGCCAUCACUCUGGAACAAAUUUUGUUUUAGCCAGUUUUCACACAUACAUCAAGUAUAUUUGCCUUGACACUUAUUCAAAAGUGGCUGAUUUACACCUACAUUUUGUGAUCCCAAGUGGAAAUGUUUGAGCCUCAUUGUGUGGAGAUGAGCAAUUGGCUGAUUUGACAACGGACCGGGUGCACGAGUCCUGUCUGUGUUAGUGGUGUUUGCUGCCAGUCGGUAAUGGCUUCUAACCAAGUCGCCUAGAUUCGGCACAUUAAAUGAAGCUGUUAAGCUGACGGUCAGGCUUAUUACGGCAAGUUAAACAAAAAUGCUUUAUAAGUUAUUACAGCAGGUAAAAAGGAGGUUUUAAGCUCAAGUUUACGGUUAUUAUGGUGAGCUUAAAGGAAAAAUGUCACGUAACAUAUAUUUGGCACAAACCAUGUACAAUUAAUUAUAAAUUGAAUCACCUAAAAAAAAAAAAAAAAAAAAAAUUAAUUACUUAAAAUAUCUCCAUAAAAAAAACACCCAGAUACGAGCUCU